UGUAAACACUGCUCGGUUCGCGUGGAGGGAAAACCGACCAUGGCACCGAAGCUGGAACGUUUUGUCAGCCCGGGAAAAGGCAACGGUCUGCGGGCUACCGCCAGGGUCAAGAGAGGGGAGCUGGUGUACGUCGCCGAGCCGCUGGCGUCCUGUGUGUCCAACAAACUGUCCCGAGAAGUCUGCCACCACUGCUUCACACGACAUGAGACCUUGUUGCGGUGUUCUCAGUGCAAGAUGGCUCGCUACUGCAAUCUCACUUGCCAGAAACGAGCAUGGUCUGGACAUAAAAGAGAGUGUAAAUGUCUGCACAGCCUCCUACCCAGAAUUCCCACUGACUCAGUCCGUCUGGCUGGAAGACUCAUCUUUGCCGUGUUAAGUCCAUCAAAGAGUGGCAGUGAAGAGCUCUACACUUUGGAGGAGCAUGAAUCACACCUGAGUUCUAUGUGUGAGCAGAAGAAACAAGGCCUAUCUCAGCUGGCAUCCAUGUUAGAGUUGUAUCUGCAACAGGAGGUGCAGGAAAUGACAUCACCACUGCCACCUUCCUGCCAAGAACCACUAAGCCUCAUUGCAAAGGUGACAGGUAAUUGUUUCACCAUCAGUGACGGAGAGCUGCGAGAGAUUGGAGUCGGGCUGUAUCCUAGUUUAUCUCUGCUGAACCAUGACUGUAGGCCGAACUGUGUGAUGGUGUUUUUGGGAACAAAACUGCAGCUCAGAGCUGUUCGGGAUAUCAGCCCUGAAGAAGAGCUGACUAUAAGCUACAUUGAGACGUUGUCAUUGACUGAAGAUCGACAAAGACAGCUGGCAGACCAGUACCAUUUUACAUGCUGCUGCCAGCGUUGUGACUCUCAAGACAAAGACGGACUCAUGCUGUCAGGGAAAGAAUCAACAUGGCGCCUGCUGAAGGAGGCGUUACCCAGACUGGAAGGACUGAAAGCAGAGUCCAAUUGGCAAGCGCUGCUAGAGGGCUGUAGUCAUCUCUUAUCGACUGUUAGUGGUGAUGUGCCCGCUGAAAAUCUGUACAAACUCAGAAUGACGGACAUGGCUGUAGAUGCUUCCAUUCAGCUGGGACACUGGGAGGAAGCUCUGGGACAUGGGGAGAAAACGCUUUCAGCAUACAGCCAAUACUACCCUGAUCCCCAUCCAGUCCAUGGGGUCCAGCUGGUGAGAGUUGGAAAGCUGCAACAUUACCUGGGACAUAUUGAGGACGCUUUGGACACAUUCAGACAGGCAUAUCAGAUCCUAAAGGUCACCCACGGUGAUGAUCACCCCAUGACCACCGAUCUGCUGAUGAAGAUGGAGGAAUGUCGCACUGAGAUAGAUCAAGGAACAAAAAUGCUACUGGACAUUUAACCUCAUGGACUAAUUUCAUUUUUCAUCUUGAUUUCUUAUAGUCUGGAUGUUCUAUGUCAGUGUGUCUAUCAAUCUAAGUCAUCGGAUUUAAGAGGUGGACAGAAGAAAUAUAUAUUUUGCCUUCUGUAAAUUAUAUCUGAUGAAUGUCAAAUAUGAAAAUCUGUAAAUUCACAGUCUGCUUUUUUAACUUAGUUACAUAGUUUAUCCAGACAUUGAUCUAAACAUCUCUGUGAGGCCAGAUGUCACCAUAUAACACAAUGUAUUGUUUAAUUCCUCUGCACCAAAGAUACAUAAAAUAUUAUGGUUCCUAUUU